AUGACCUCGGAACCUCCCCUCCCCUUGGGCCAUGUCCCAGCCGGUGGGAGCUCUGUGCCACAGACGCCCACGACAGCAUCGACCUUCAAGGGCCCAAACCCAUUCUCAUCCAAGGUCACGACCGUCCUGGCCACCUCUUACGCCGACUCCGAGUUUCGCGGUGCUCUUUCACUCAUAGACGACCGCGGCAUCACCAACUCUGCUGCAACCCGCCGCCAGGUGCGACUGCAGCUCCAGAAGGAGGUCAUCGACAGUAAUGGUAACAUCAUUGUAGAGUUUGGGAGAGUCGCCGAUCGACGCCAGGUUGAGACCAAGCAACAGGUGCUUGCGUCUUUCAACAAGCACUUCUUGCUCUCAGAGGACGAGUUGUCUGCCCUGAGCUCGACCGCAGAGCCUGUUGAUGACGCCUUUUUCACCGUCCUGGCCAAGGCCAAGGGGAUACGCAAGGACUGCGAGGUCCUGCUUGGUUUUGAGAACCAAGCACUCGGGCUUGAAAUCAUGGAGAACACGUCCAAAAACCUCAACCUGGCCUUUCAAAAGCUGUAUCGAUGGAUUCAGCGUGAGUUCAAGACCUUGAACCUCGAAAACCCUCAGAUGGGGUCCCCCAUACGACGCGCCCUGCGUGUGCUGGCAGAACGCCCCUCCCUCUUCCAAAAUUGCCUGGAUCUGUUUGCCGAGACCCGAGAACAGCUUCUCUCGGAUUCUUUCCACACCGCGCUCACAGGGUCCUCGGCGUCUGGUAUCGAAGACCGGUCAGUGAAGCCCAUCGAGCUGGUUGCACAUGACCAACUGCGGUACGUGGGAGACAUGCUCGCGUGGAUACAUUCUGCAGCUGUUAGCGAACGAGAGGCUCUGGAAAUACUGUUUGUUUCCGAAGGAGACGAGAUCGCCAAGGGGAUCCAAGCUGGCCGCGAAAAUGAAGUGUGGCGCUUCAUGGAUGAGGGCGACGAGGGCGAGGCUGCUGUUUUCGACCCCAUCAAGGCUCUGAAUGAGCUGGUGGAUCGCGACAUGUCUGGCGCUGCCAGGAUCUUGCGCCAGCGGGUGGAGCAAGUCAUCCAGACGAAUGAAGACGUCAUCCUGGCAUACAAACUCGCCAAUCUACUGAAUUUCUACCGUGUCACCUUUUCCAAACUACUCAGCGCGGCUUCGGUUUUGGUGGAAUGUCUUCAGGGUCUUGAGUCUGAAGCACUGCGCCAGUUCCGGUCGCUUAUGAGAGACUACGUGGGCAACCUUCAAGGGGAGUUCCAACAAACGCCUACAGGCCUCGAGCCCCCCGAUAUUCUGCACGAAGCGCUCGAGCAAUUAUCAGCCGUCAUGAAGACGUACGACACAUCUCUCACGGCCUCGGACAGGCGGGAAGCUGAUUUUCAGCCAAUCCUGGCCGAAGCCUUGGACCCUUUCAUGUCAGGGUGUGAAAGCAUGGCACAGAGACUCGAAGCCCCCUCGGAAUGCAUCUUCUCCAUAAACUGCGCGCAAGCCGCCAUCGAGACGAUCUCGAGGUUUGACUUUGCUCGAGGGCGCGUGGACAGUCUGCAAAGGGAGGUUGACCAGCGUUGUCAGGCGCUGGUGGACAGCCAGUACCUGUUCUUCAGGAGGGAGUCCGGCUUGGAUGUUUUGCUGACGGCGGUUGAGUCUAUGAAAGAGACGAAGGAGGACAUCGAACACCUGCGAGGACUUGAGCCUUUCCAACCGGGCUCGCUGGAGCUCACAAGCAGAACGCUGGACAACUUCCUCGCAUCAGCUCUGAUGGAUGCUAUGGAGAACAUCCAAGAGCUGCAAGACUCCCGCCUCGCGCGGGAGAUCACCGAAGAGGCAGCAGAAAAGUUCCUCGCCGACUUUGGUCGCCUGGAAAACAUGCUCAUGUCUGCAGACGAGGCUGCAGAGCGGAAAGGCAGCGGAAGUGGAGCGGAACAGGAUGCGGUGAGCCUCCGCAUAGCCUUUCCAAGGACGGCCGACGAGAUCCGCGUCCUGCUCUCAUAA